AGGCGGCUGCUGCUUCUGCAGAGACUUCUCAGCACGACCAGAUACAAUCCGUACGUACAUGCAGCUCUGGUGGGGGAAACCCAGCCCCCAAGAACGAUCAAAGGUGGGAAGAAGAAAAGCCAAGACACCUCCCGUCGCUCCCUCACGAUGCACUAAUGCUAUACGCAUAACAGCAGCUUUAGUACAGCAAGGCGGAGAGAGCCUUGUUUACCAGUCUGGGAAGGAAACAUUUUAAACCCCUUUGUCUUGGAAGUAAGCAUCUCAUCUGGCUGGCUGUGCCGCUGCUGGUGACAUUAACACUGAGGACGGCUUUAGUUCUUUUUGUGCUCUCUUUUUCUCUGUGGCUCCAGGAAUGUCUUGAUACACCAACAAAGAAAUUGCAGGCGUUAGUACAGUUCCUGUGGAUGCCUUUGAAUUCAUAAUAACCGCAUUUUAUGGCUGAGACUCCUUUGUGUAUAUGUAUGUGUGUGUGUGUGUGUGUGUGUGUGAAAAAUCACAUUAUCUCAGCUUGAAGACGGAAAAACUGGAAGACAGAAGAAACUGCGUUGUUCUUUUUGCUGGGUCAGCUUUCUAGAUGGUGACAGCGACGAACAUACAUACCUUGUCAAGCACAUAUACUAGAGGGUGCUGUCGAUUUUGGUGACUGUAUAGAUUUUUUUCAAAUUUUUUUGCUACGGUCAGGGUGCAGAAGUCGCAUUUCUCCUUCAUUGCUGAUUGGCAUUAAAUGUGUAGGAAUAUGCUCAUGAAGGAGUACCGGAUCUGUAUGCCUUUGACAGUUGAAGAGUACAGAAUUGGACAGCUGUACAUGAUUAGUAAACAUAGCCAUGAGCAAAGUGAUCGUGGAGAAGGUGUAGAAGUGGUACAGAAUGAACCUUAUGAAGAUCCAAAUUAUGGAAAUGGUCAACUGACAGAAAAACGGGUUUAUCUGAACAGCAAACUUCCAAGCUGGGCAAGAGCUGUUGUCCCCAAAAUAUUUUAUGUUACAGAGAAGGCAUGGAAUUACUAUCCUUACACAAUUACAGAAUACACGUGUUCAUUUUUACCUAAAUUCUCCAUCCACAUAGAGACAAAAUACGAGGAUAACAAAGGAAGCAAUGAUAAAAUAUUUGAUAACGAAGCCAAAGAUCUUGACAGAGAAGUCUGCUUUAUUGAUAUUGCCUGUGAUGAAAUCCCUGAGCGCUAUUACAAAGAAUCAGAGGAUCCUAAACACUUCAAAUCAGAGAAGACUGGAAGAGGCCUAUUAAAAGAAGGCUGGAGAGACACUCAAGAACCCAUCAUGUGUUCCUACAAACUAGUGUCUGUGAAAUUCGAAGUGUGGGGACUUCAAACUCGAGUAGAGCAGUUUGUUCACAAGGUGGUCAGAGAUAUAUUGCUGAUUGGUCACAGACAGGCUUUUGCAUGGGUGGAUGAGUGGUAUGACAUGACUAUGGAUGAAGUCCGAGAGUUUGAAAGAGCAACUCAGGAAGCCACCAACAAGAAAAUUGGGAUCUUUCCUCCUGCAAUAUCAAUCUCAAAUGUCUCCCUCCCAUCUUCAAUCCGCAGUGCUCCUUCUAGUGCUCCAUCUACACCUCUGUCUACAGAUGCACCUGAAUUCCUAGCCGCUCCCAAAGACCGACCACGGAAAAAAUCUGCCCCAGAAACUCUCACGCUGCCAGAUCCAGACAAAAAAGCUCUCUAAACCCAGCAUGUUUUCUUAUGACAAGCCAUGACUGACAGAACAGCAUUUGCAAAGUUCAUGGUCGUCGUUUUAUUUAAACAAAUUUUACUGAUCUGGAAGGAUGACUUCCCCUGCCCCCCUCAGGCUUGUCUGUUAAACUAGUUAGCUAAGUGCAUGCAAGAACAUAGCUCAUGUGCUCUGAUUCCCAAACUAAAGCUCUAAGCCAUAUGACAGAUGUUGCUGUCAACACAAAAUGAAAUAGCUUGCCAAGGCAAAAUAAAUCUCUUCAUAGCAACUGUAGUAAAUGAACAUAUUCGCAUAAUAUAGAGUAAUGAUAUUUGUGAUUAGAGAUGUUGUAAGGAUUUUAUAAAGCUGGCAAAGACAUCUUAAGAAAAUGAACAACUAUUUAGGGACAGGUUCGACUGACAACAUUUCUCAUUUCAAGCCAUUAUAUCUCAAUUUCUAAAAUCCUUUCUACUCUCAGGCCAAGUGCACCUUAAAGUAAACUUUGAACGGCUACUCACUGAUAAACACUUGAAUACCAACAGUAAUUAUUCAGAUUCCUGAUUUACUGAACACAACUCAGGAUUUGAAGGGUAGCUAAUGCACACUUUAAGGUCUUUAAAUUUGAAGAACCAGUGUGCUCCAGCUCUGGUUGUAAUUCAUUAUACUUAUUUUGAGACCCUUGAACUAUUUGUAUCUUGCACAAAAUUUAUGACUCCUUUUUAUUGUAUGCAGUUGUAUAGCUUUACUGUGUUGGUAUUAGAGAGUCUUCUUUCAGGUAUAAAGGUGGAAAUACAAGCAAUUACAUAGCCUACAGAACCCAAAUGAGAUGAGAAUAUCCAAAUAAGGUUGUCAUUCCUUACAAAUUCAGUUUAUCCAAAUUGUUAUGGACUGCAAUGAAACCCGCUACGUGUUCCUGAGCCAAAAUCCUGUUAAUAUCUGAGGAAAUGUUUAGGCUGUUUUCUUAAAGAUUUUGGGCAGGUAUUAAAAAAAGUAUUGAAGCUAAAAACUAUUUCACUCUACUAAUGAUGGAGUAGGAUGGUUACCUACUGAUUUGAAGCUCCUAAACAUAUGAGAAUGUGUCUAUGUAGGGAAGAGAAAUACCAGACCCUGAGCCAGAUCAGAACUUCUGUGUUGCCUAGCCUCUCUGCUACCAACCUUCCUUCUCAAUUUCUGAGAGACAGAAUCUAGAGGCAGUAAGGUAUGAGAGGGGUUGUAAAAACUGAAGGAAGACAGGGAAUCAAACAGGAGAGGCAAACUCUUCAUUUCCCCAGCUCCCCUCCCUCUUUGCACUAUUUUUGUGGGGGGUGUCGCCAUCCCUCUAUUUCUCAAAAUAUCUAUUUCCUGAAAAGAGCUGAUGAGGCAAGAGAAUAGGCUGAUUCUCACAAGCAGCAAUGGGAUAUAGCAAGCGUCCUAACCAGAUUUGGGUGCUGUGCAUGCUCCUGUUUUGCAGUCACGUGCAAGUAAAAAGCAAGGUAGGAGGAAGGGAAAGUGAUCAUGUGUGAAGGUCACACUGGGUAGGAGGGCUCCAUUCUAUCCUGCAGCUGUACCCAGUUAGAACUACACUGGCUACCAAUAUGUUUUCAGGCAAAAUACAAGAUACAGGUUGAGUAUCCCUUAUCCGAACUGCUUGGGACCAGAAGUGUUCUGGAUUUCUGACUUUUCCGGAUUUUGGAAUAUUUGCAUACUGUAAUGUACUGUACUCUUGGAAAUGGGCUCCAAGUCUAAACAACAGCUUUACUUUCUGUGCUAUAGGUAAACAUAAAUGCUUCUUAUCACUGUUACCCAUAGGGGUAUCUGCAGGCCUUUUUGACAUUUUCAACAAUACACUGUACUGUACCUUUACAAAACAGAGCAGGCGCCAAACUGAGCAGGGAGUGGAGAGGGGCUUUCCCCUAUCAUCCCACCCUCCCUCAUCCCCCUCCACUCCUUUUCCUUCCUGUCCUCGAUUUACACUGCGGCAACGGCUGCUCCAGCUGCUGGGCUUGUUCUCCCCCACUCGCCUUCUUCUCUAGCACCAGAGCGAGUGAGCUGGGGUGUUUUGUUCUUUGUUUUGUUACGAGGCACUCAGACGCAACGAGUUGGUGCUGCGAGCGCACACCAUGGUGAUUUUGGAGCAUUCCGGAUUUCAGAUGUCCGGAUUAGGGAUACUCAACCUGUACUGGUUAUAACCUAUACAACCCUAAACAGCAUAGGCCCAGGGUAUUUAAGAGAAUGUCUUCUUCACUAUAAGUCCCAUUACCCAUUGAGAUAAUUCAGAGAUGUCUAUCUGCAGUUGCCACCAGUUUGUCAGGGACAGGCCCUCUAUGUUGCCACCUCCAAGACUCUGAAAUGUGCUCUCUGCUGAAAUAAAUGCCACUCCAUAUGGCAGCUUUUAAAGUCUUAAGACGCAUUCAUUUUUAACUAAAAGUGUUGUUUUAAAAUGUUUUAAUUUGUUUUAUAUUUUAAACCACCACCCAGAGAUGUAAAUUUGGCAUGUUGUAUACAAUUAAUAAAUAAAUAAUGAGGUGGGGGGGAGCCCUCUUGUCCAAUGGGAGGCUUGCACAUGAUCACUUACCCUGCCUCCUACCUUGCUUUUUACUCUCACAGAUUUGCAAAACAGGAGUGCGCACAGCUCCCAAACCUGAGUAGGAUGCUUGUCCUACCCUCCUGCUGCUCGUGAGAACUAGUCUAAUAUGUGGGAUCCUUGUAUUCUUUCUCACUGCUUCUGGGCUCCCCAUGGCCUGUCUAGUUCUCCUGUCCCUAUAAGAAAUAGUAUGGAGGAGAAGGUGUGUAUGCGAGGUGAGGGAGUCAGCUGUGGUCGUGAUGAAAAUUGCUGAGAAAGGUUAGAAACAAAGGUUUGGCCAUUCAGAGGGGCAAGGAGGACAUGUGCCUUCUUUAGAAGGUCUCUUUCCCUUGCUUAAACUCCUGAAGCAAGCAAGAAUAUAAUAUAUUGGAAUACUGAGUCUUGACUAAAAUUCUCAAAAAGUCCUAAACAAUUAUUUAAAUAGUUGUACCACUUCAACCAAAGCUGAUGGUCAGCAGCCUUUGCCCUGUUCAUGGGUGUGAGAAUUUUCAUUCUCAAUAUAAGGACCAAUAGCAUUUGGUGGCUGACAGCCAGACUCGGGUUGUGCUAGUACAACCAAAGAAGUUGUGCAUCCUUAAGUCUGUGGAGCCAUGAAAAGCUGCAGUGCUGCAGGAAGAUGUGCAACUGGUAAUGGUACCAAAGUGCUUGUGCAACAAAUGUCAUGAAACAGGAUGUGCAACAUUUUAUGCAAGCACAACACUAGUCUGGAACAGAAGCUCCUGUUCUUGCAGAACUACCUUGCGCCAUGUCCUUGCAGUAACGCAACGCUAGUCUGGAUGCUGGCCAACAUGGCUGUGAUUGUCAGUCACUGAAUUCAAGGAGGGAAAGGAAUAUCUCGUGUAACUGGGCAACCUACAUUCAACACCCAGUCCUUGUUUUAUAGAGCACAAGAAUGCUCAAAAGAUUAUGAGAAAGUUAAUGUGGAGAUUUUCUAAAGAAGCAAGAAAAGACGACCAGUUCCUGAACUGCUUUCAGGUUAAGUGGCCUUUCCAACAAGAGUAGGAAAGAGUUUCUCCUUCUCUUGGCUAUGGUAACCAAGGGGAAUUAUAAUACCAUCAUACCCUGUCAUACAUUUGGGGAAAAGAUGAGAUUUAUCUGGGCUGUUAUCAGCUUCACCCUUCAGUCUCAGGAAUGAAAGCAGUUUCUCCAUGCCAUAACGUGUAAAAAUUAAACUUAGGAGCCCUUUCCUUUUCUGACAUAAAUCAUCCCACCAUUGCUAAUCACUGAGUACAUAAUUCAUUUAACACUCUUUUAAUCCUUAACAGUUCACUUUAACUAAUGCUCUUAACAUUUAGCCCUGUCCAAUUGAUAUCUGGCCUUGUUGAGUGGUGAAUGUGUCAAACUUGUAGUGCGAUUAUACCCUUGUGCUGUCAGAGGCAUACAGAAAUAUAGAUACAGACCUCAGGGUGUUAAAACUCUUCACAUAAUGGCAAACAAAUUAGUGGAUAUUUCUAGCAAGCAUGGUAGCAUGAUAUUGCGUGUGAAAAAGUGUAACUGGCUUAAAUUCCCCACCAACUUCCAAGUGGCUCUUUGUUUAAAUAGUAAAUACUAAAGUGGGUGUUUUUAGAAGGUUAGUGUUAGUAAUGGAAGGAUAAAGUGGGAGAACAGAAUGCACUGUGUGGGUUGGAAUGCUUCAAAAACCCAGGCCAACAUAAUUCAGUAGUACUUGGUAAGUAGCUUCAUGCUUUCAAUUAUUGUUCAUUUUAUCUUUUUUCCAUCUUUUUCAACGUCCUAGUGUUCUGUGUGAUUGUAUAUAUAUAUAUUUUCUUAUUAUCAUAAGCUUUUUCUGUAUUUAAAAAUACCCUAAAUCAGCAUGUGGCCAUAGCUAAGAGACAUGCAUAUUACUACCAAUUUAAUCGUGAUAAUUCUGUAGACAGACAUACUGCUAUCCUUUUAUCUCCUUUGCACAAGUCAAUAGAACAAGGCAUUAAACUGCUUUAUUGUGUUCAGGUUUUUUUAGCUUACUUCCCACUGUAUAGUGUGUUAAUUUAGUUUAGAAAGAUUAGACAUUUGUGUAAAUGAAUAACAUAUCUUGAAGAUUCUAGUUAAAAGACUGCGUAGUACAAAUCUGAAAAAGAGAAAGGUAGUCAAUUGCCAUUAAAAAAAACCUCUUCUGCGAUACCUCCUCCACUUAAUGCUGUAGCUGUCACAGCAUUUGUUCAAUUUAGAUGUGCUAUCAGAAUUUGGUGCUUAACAAAUAGACAUAAAACACUUCUGAUCCACUGCAUGUCUAAAUGAUAGCUAGCACAAUCCAUAUUUGCCUCUGGCUCCGUCUUUAUAAUGGUAGGGGCUAACAGAAAUAAGUUAUUAUAUUUCUGGAGUACAGAAGUGAUAAUCUAUCCUAUGCUUUUCAUAAACUGCAUAAUAAUCCUGUGCUAUGCUUUUUUUAACUUCACUGAUUUUGCCAUUAAGGUAUCUAUAAUUAUUUCAUUGCUCUUUUUUUUAAUGCUAUGACAUAUUUUAAAAAUAUUUCCAACACAAGGAUAACUAAAUUAAAUUUCUAGUAUAUAUUUUUUGCACUAACAUGUCUUUUACAUUUUAAAAAACGGGCAGAUUUCAUUGCUGAUUUGUCUGAAUCAGUUUGUACAAGAAUUGCUGUAUAUCCAUAGGUGUCUGUGUGAGGAACAGACAGAUCUGUGGAUCUUUAUGUUGUGGAACAAAGUCAUUUCAGAAGGUAUUCUCUUUAAAGAGUGGUGCAGCAGAGCAAAACUAAAGGAUAGUUACAUAGCAACGGCAUCAUCCCUUUGCCCCUUCUCAUGACUGGCAAUCCUGAGUCUGUUUUGAAGCUAAUAUUUUUCUACUUUUUACAUUAACCGUUCCUGUCCUUGAUACAGAGUCAACUUAAAAGUUUCAAUCCUGGCAGCACAGGUAAAAUAUAUUCAUCGAAGCAAGAAAGGUUCUUCAAAGCUGUGCAGCCUCAGUAAGAGCUGCUUCAUGCCUUACAGGAAACACCUGCGUACAUAGAGCAAUUGUUUGCUGCACAAACCUUGACUGAGAUAAGUCUUUAGAAGUCCAUAUACUUGUGUCUGGGGAUCUUGAUUGUGUCUGGGAACCAAUGGGCAUUUAAAGACUCACUUAUUGUGUCUACGCUUCACAUGUUUGCUGUGUAUGAUAUACAUGUGCGGCAUACAUUAACCCACCCUAAGAUGAAGCUGAGCUCCUCCACUCUUCAAGUAAACAUCUGCCAGUGAUACCAUUGGUCUUAAGCUUGCAUAUCUGGGAAAUCUACAGGGGGUGGGGUGAGGAGCAGCUUCCAGAAUGUGAUUCUCAAGACAAUUUACUGGAGAAAAAGUCCCACUAUCUUCAGUAGUGCUCCUCUAGAAUACAUGGUUUGAGAUAUGCAUCUACAGACCUUUCUCCAGAUUUCUGUUUUAGCAAAUAAUGUUUCAUCCUUUAACGGAAAUGUUUAAAAGGCUUGCUAAUGUAAGAAUGGAAAGCAAAUAUUCUGUGGUUUUAAUCUGAACAGUAAUAAGAGAAGCUAAAUUAAUGUAAUAACACAUUGUGGUUUGCUGCACUGGAAUUUUAAAACAUGCUGUCAUUUAAAAUACAUCAAAUGUUUGCACCUCAUUUCAGCUAGUAAAUGCAAUAGGGGAGAAUACAUCAACUUGUCGAUAGGAACUUGCCAAUUGCCGUUAUUCAGACUUAAUUUACAUGAUUCAUAAAGGCUUGAAGCUAGCUACCUUUUACUCUCUCUUUUUCCUUUAUGUGGACAGCAUGGUCUUUGAAUUAGUCUCCUCUAAUUUUUGAAUGUUACUGAUAGAAAUGAGUUUUUCUUUCAUUUCUGUGGCAAUCAUUGUGACUUUGAAUGUUGUGUAUAAUAUUAGUGUUUUUGAUGAUAAGAAUAGUUACGUUGGUUAGAUGAGCUAGUUCCAUGAAAGAAGGACCAAGAAGCCUAGUGUUAAACAAUACAAGGCAAAACAGAAGGAUUUGAGUCUCAUAGUUUCCACACAACUUAGUUCUUGCUUUUUCAUUUAUUUAUUAUUGUUUUUAAAUUUGCCUUUUCUUACAUUCUGUUGUAAAUAAAUUACCAAGCAAUCUUCUUUCAA